AUGGCCCUCCACGGCCCGCCCGCCUCGUUGUCACGGCCCCUUCCCCUGCAGCAGCCGCCGAGGCCACGUGGCUUGCAGCAGCCGUCGCCCGCCCAUGCUGCUGCCAUCGAGCCUCCAGCCGCCGGGACCACUUCCUCUCCCUUUGCCCCACCACGCUCACCUGUUGACCUCCUCGAGGAGCGCCUCCUAGCAGCUGAGAAGAGUAUAGUCGCUGUAGGAGCCUCUCGUGGUGACCCUCGUGCCCCUUUCUUUGAGGGAUGCUCCCCCGUUCCCCUUUUGCCUUCUAUUGCCUCUGCUGCCGCUGUCGACCUCGUUGGCAUCGAGUCGCGUGGGAGGUCUGGGGGUGCUGGUCCCUGCACUUACGUUCUCCGCACCGGCGACCGCAGUGGGGAGACGUGUGGAGGACCGCACGCCACCCUGCGCUGCUUUGGCCGCCAGACUGACGCUUGGCGUACGCAGUUUCCCGACUUCUCUGAGAUCCCUCGCUGGGGUGAUCUGCUUAAGUCGGGGGUUGCUAUCUUUGAUCUUGAUUAUGAUGCUAUCCUUGCUGCUAUGUAUGCUGUGUCUAUUAGUGCUGAGGGUGACUGUUACUUGUGUCUUCCGCCCGACCCGGGCAUUGAGGCUACUGCUCUAGGUGCUAGUGAGUCUGCUGCUCUAGGUGCUGGUGAGUCUGCUGCCCCAGGUACUGAUGAGUCUGCUCUCUCAGUCCUGCCGUGUCCGGCGGUCCCGUCUGGCUCUCUGUCUGGCCUCCACCUCCCCUCGUUCUCCACGAACUUGGUGAGUGGAGCUGACCUUCAGGACGCGUGGGUUGACCAGUUCACUCCUGGAGGUCAGCGGGCGACCCACUGUUCGUGUGCUAGCACGGGCCGGCACCUGGCCACGUUCACUCAUCAGCCUGGGUCGAGCCUGUACACCCUGUCUACCGUGUCUCCUCCGGUUGCUGAGUCUAGUCAGGUAGCUGUGUCGGGUCAUGUGUUUGCUGCAGCGUCCCGAGAUCUGAAGUAA